UCUCUCUCUCUCUCUCUCUCUCUCUCUCUCUCUCUCUUUCUUCUUCUAUGUGUCUCUCUCCUUCUCUCUCUCCCUCUCACUAGCCCACUCUGAGUUCAGAGUGGAGGGUUUUUCUACCGAGGUAACCCAGAGCAGUCCCCUUGGCGACGGGGAGACCUGGGUUUAAAGAGGCUGGUCAUCGUAAGGUGGGCGGGGGGAGAGGAGGGGGUUCCCUAUCCGUGAGUGUGUUUGUUUGUAUGUGUGUGUGGUGUGUGGUGUGGUGUGGUGCGGUGCGUUUCUUCGGCUGCAGCAUGAGGGGCAGCAGAUAGCAGGAGAAGUGGGACAGUGCGGACGGAGGAGAACAAUGCCCAGUCUAAGUGUGGGAGGAGGACCACUCGACACGGACAUCUUCAACAUGGACCAACAUGGAGAUGACAGGAGGCACAACGGGAACAUUGGAAAGAACUUUAUGUGCCGACUGCAGUGCAUGUUCUCACACACGUCGAGCUCCGAGAGGCUAAGUUUAGAGGAUACCCAACAAUGGUCACAGUCACUGGAAAGGCUCCUGGAAUCUAAAUAUGGGCUGGCUACUUUCCGAACUUUCCUCAAAUCGGAAUUCAGUGACGAGAAUAUUGAGUUUUGGCUCACCUGUGAAGACUACAAAAAGAUCAAGUCUUCCUUCCGAAUGUCUUCUAGGGCCAAGAAGAUCUACGAGCAGUUCAUUAGAGCUGAAUCUCCGAAGGAGAUCAACAUCGACCACCACACCCGGGAGCAGAUCAAGAGGAGCGUCAAGGCUCCCACGUUGUAUUGCUUUGACGACGCCCAGAAGAUUGUGUACGGACUGAUGGAGAGGGACUCCUACCCACGUUUCCUCCGCUCAGACUUUUAUAAAACGCUCCUGGAGAACCUUACUGCCGACGCCACCGCCAAGGUGUGAUACAACGGCAACAAGGAGGAGGUGGAGGGGGGAGGGUCGCAGGAUGGAGGGGGGGGGGGGAGAGUGACAAUAAUACAACAACAAAAAAAGGCCGGAAACGAAAGGAGACAUCCUAAACUGGAAAGGUGUUGUGCUCGGUGAAAAGGCUUUUUGGGGUGUGAGAUGGAGGGGGUCCUUGCAAAUCAUUGGAGGCCUCGGAGUGACCACGAGCAGUCCACAAGCAGACCGCCAGUCAUCCACAAGUAGAGACCCCCCUGUUAAAAGUUGAAAGACUGUCAUCUAAAAGGCAGCUACGUGCCGAGGCCCAGCCCCUAGAAGUCCCCCACCCUCCCUCAGCACCCUUUGUUGCACCUGCCACAAUUUCCAAGCAGCUUUUGUAGAAUGCUCGUGAUAGCCAUCAAGCCUGCCGUCUGUGUAUUUGAACUUGGUCUGACUGAUGAAUGAAUUACCAAGGCAAGGCACCGCAGCUCCUUCAUGCAGCUGUGACCGCCACAAACACACGCACACACACAAACAGUGCUUGCACAAGCCACUACAGAGGUGUUUCCUGUGCAGAUAAAGAUAGAGGAUGUAAGAUGUAAUGGUCACACUUUGUGAGCAAGUGUGUGUGUGUGUGUGUCUGUGUGUGUGUCUGUGUGUUUGUGUGUGUGUGUGUGUGUGUGUGUGUGUGUGUGUGUGUGUGUGUGUGUGUGUGUGUGUGUGUAUCAAUUUAAGUAUUACCCUUUAGGGACCGCAUCCACCAUUGCUGUGUGAGCUUUUCUGUGGAGACUUUGAUAUUUUGCGCUCGCACAGCAGAAACAGACCAACCACGUGAGCAAUGCUGUUUUUGUUGUGACGUAGAGGGUGUCUUCCCGGCCACUUAGGAGUAGUUGUUUUUUACCUUGGAAAAAGUUAGAGAUGAGUUGCGGCCGAAGUGAAAUGAUGUGAUUAAAAUGACUCUAGAAUCUAGAUGUUUUACAUAGCAUAUGUUUGAAGUAUAACCUCCAUAUGUGGUUUCUUAUCUGCUUAAAAAGCAUGUUGUUUGAAUGUAACAUUAGAUUAACUUAUGAGUUAACAGAUGAUUUAUUUAUUUUGAGAAGUCACUGUUUUGAGUGCAAGUUUGCUGUAGAUGAUAUGCUUGUAAAAUAUAACAACCCAAUAGGAAUAGGAUGUGAUUAAUUUAUUGAAAUAAAUAGAUGAUUGUUUUGA